AUGAAAAAAGCAAGACAGUGCGAAUCUCAGAAUAGUCUUCUUCACGAGGAGAGGUUGCAGAUUUCAAAAUCCCUUUUUAAAAAAUUUGCCAAUAAAGUCUUGAUUCAGAUCCCCAUUAGAUGGCCCGCGAGCAGGGAUCAAGUUUGGAAGGCCAACAUACCCCACACCCAUCUCGCGCAAGAUAAAUCGGACCAGAAUUGGAUGUUUGUUGAUGGGGAGAGGAUAAAGUUCCCGGGUGGCGGGACCCAUUUUCACAAUGGAGCCCACAUAUACAUUGCUGCCAUUGCAGGGAUGCUCAAGUUUCCGCGCGAAAGACUCAACAACAAUGGCCGCAUCCGGAAUGUUCUAGACAUAGGCUGUGGGGUCGCGAGUUUUGGGGCUUACCUCCUUCCACUCGACAUCAUAGCCAUGUCAUUAGCACCAAACGACGUUCACGAGAAUCAAAUACAAUUCGCCCUCGAGAGAGGGAUUCCAGCUGCUUUAGGCGUUUUGGGCACACAAAGACUACCUUAUCCAAGCAGGUCCUUCGAGCUGGCUCACUGCUCCCGAUGCAGGAUAGACUGGCUCCAGAGGGAUGGAAUCCUUUUGCUGGGGCUCGACCGAUUGCUAAGGCCAGGUGGCUAUUUCGUCUACUCUUCUCCUGAGGCUUACGCGCACGACUCCAAGAACCAGAGAAUAUGGAGCUUAAUGCAAAACCUUGAUGUGUUGGAGAGGGUUGUGGCAAGACGGGACCAAACAGUAGUGUGGGCUAAGCCCUUGAGCAAUAGAUGUUAUAGGAAAAGGGAAAGUGUUGCCCUUCCGGCUUUGUGUGGGGUAGAUGAUGAUCCGGACCAAGUGUGGAAUGUGUUCAUGAAAGCAUGCAUCACGCCAACAGGAAUGCAUCAGGAAAAGGGGAGUGGACUAAAACCCUGGCCGCAUAGGCUUACGGCUGCUCCUCCGCGUUUGGAAGAAAUUGGAAUAAGUGCUGACGAAUUUCUGAACGAUACCGACGUGUGGCGUUACAGAGUGGCUGAGUAUUGGAAAAAGAUGAAAUCCGUCAUACAGGAUAACUCGUUAAGAAAUAUCAUGGACAUGAACUCGAACCUUGGAGGUUUUGCGGCUGCUCUGAACGACAAAGAUGUUUGGGUGAUGAAUGUUGCUCCAGUUAAUUCAUCUGCGCAAUUGAAAAUCGUAUAUGACCGCGGGUGUGAAUCUUUUUCAACUUACCCACGAACCUAUGACUUGCUCCAUGCAUGGUCGGUUUUUUCUGAGAUUGAGGAGAGAGGCUGCAGCACAGACGAUCUAUUAAUCGAGAUGGACCGAAUGCUAAGGCCCGAAGGCUUUGUGAUCAUAAGGGAUAAACAUUAUAUAAUAGAGAUAAAUCGUGUACGUAAAUUUUUGGUCUCUUUAAGGUGGGACAAAUGGUUAUCGGAGGUAAAACCCAGUGCCGAUGCUUUCUCCACAAGCGAAGAAAGAGUUCUAAUUGCAAGAAAAAAAUUAUGGAACGAGAUUUCAGAAAGUCCUACUUUAUUCCCAAUUUGUUCGGAAAAUUUCACUACCACAGUGUACCACAGUGCAGAAUUGAAUCCUCCCAAUUUGUCCUCAAUUGAAACCUACCAAUUCUCAGUAUGCAUUUUACAGUUCACCGAGUUAUGA